AUGCCUUGUAAUAAUCAUGUUGAGAAUCACGGUAAAGUUAAUAUUAAAGGUAUAGAUGGUAAUAGGUUCAAAUGAAGCUCUUCGGAUAUAUGAAAAUAAUUAUCGUUGUUGCAAGGAUCACAGGUUAGUAGAAAACUCACAACAAAAUAUUUAAACAUAGAUUAUUAUUAAUAAUAGGUUAUUAUUAAACAUAGGUUAUAAAUAAACACACAAAAAAUAUAAAGAGCUAUUCUAGGAUCAUGGGGAUGGGCGCAGCCAUUGUUAUAGGUAAUUUAAUGUACUCGUAUAUCUGUAAACAACAAUUAACCACUGUUAACAAAUAAAACGAUUCUGUGCGGAAUUCGGUUGAUAGUGUUUCUUUGACAACAAUAUAAUAUAUAAUACAACACAAAUUUUCAUAGAUUAUGCAAUACAAUUUGCAUAGAUAAUAAAGGUAAAAGAUAUGUUUACUACCAAAAAUAAUUGCAUAUGUAUUAAAUUUGUUAUAUGAAAACAAUUUUUAUUUUUAAAAACGUGUUUUCGGCGACGGGCACAACAAUGCCGAACAUAUUAUAUUAUUAUUAAUAUUUCAGUUAUCGUUUAUCAGUAUACGCUUAUAUAUGGGCGUGUGAUCUAUUUUUCAAAAAGGUAUACGCUACGAUUGACAAAUGCGAUUUGGGUACACGCCGUAUACUCCCGUAUACCUUUCAAUGCAUCAUUAUAUACAAUAAUAUCUAUAUAAGAGUAGUUAGAUAAAUUACACAGAUAUUACGCAUAAUAUUUCCACAUUAUUUGAAACAUUAUUCGAGACUUAUAUAAUAUAUACGUAAGCGUAUUAUACAUCGUUAUUAGAUUUUACUCAUUUUUAUGUAUAAAACACGUGUGUAUAUAUUAUUGCGCGAAAAACAAUAUCAUAUGGGAGAGGGAUCUAUACUGUAAUACACUUGACAGAAACAAUAUUACAUACGGAACGGAUACGGCAGAUGCUACAGCAGAAAGCCAGGAAUCAACUAGGGGUGUAAUGCUAAUCGUAUCAUAACACGCGGUUAAACGGAGGGCGAUGGUGUUAUUGAACAAAUCAAAAUAUGUAGGGAGGCUAAGCGCGCGUACACUCAUCAUUUAGCGAAAUAUUUAUUAAAUUUGACAAACGUUUCGACACGCGACUGAUGCUGUAACAAAUUAAAUAAUUUUCCAUCGCUUAAUAUAUUAUACAUAUAUAAUAUAUAUAUUAUUUAUAAGUAUAAAAAAAAAAACCCGAUAAUAUAUUAUUGUAUAUAUACAUUUUAUUUUUUAUUGAAAAAUCAGUCUAGAAUAUAAUACUAUUACACGAUUUAAUGUAUUAAUGUACCUAAAUGACUAAAGUUUUAACUUUGUAGAAUUCAAUUUUCCGUCAAACUGUACUAAAUGUACGUCAGAAUGGAAAUUGUAGAUUCUGCGUGGAGUGAAGAAACUUAUGGUUUUAAAAACAUGUUUAUUUUUAAGAGGUAAUUUUUCGAUUGUCCUUAGAGUUUUCCCAGCAAAUGUGAAAAACUGGGAAAAUUGGUACAAUAUUAAACAAAUAUAAUUGAAGAAAAUAUAUAAUUCCUAUUUAAUUAUUUUACAUAAUAUGAUAUUGUUGACAAAGCAUCACUAUCAACUGAACUCCGCUACAUUAAAUUCCCUUCUGUAUCCGACCUUCACAACUUCCCACCUAUAACAGUGGCUGCACCCGUCCCCAUUAAUUUAGGACAGUUUUUUCUUUAUUGUAGUCACUACAGGUAACUUUUGUUAAAUUCUAUAAAAGUACAAUUGUUAGAGUGAUCAAGAUCAAUUAAGACACUUUUUUGUACUUUUUUGAAAGAUGAUACUAAUUGAAAAUAAAAAGUGGGUAGACCAUAAAAAAUAACCAUGAGACAAAAUAACGGUAUUGUAACAUUUUAGAGAUGGUUAUUUCUUGAAUUUUCUAAAACAUUAACUCUGAAAAAAAAUCCUUAUUUCUGAGAUAAAAAAUGUUUUAUGUUAUAUCGAUCAUCACUCUGUAGUCUGUAUAUAAUACAAAUUCACUUAACAUUUUAUAAAUCGGUACUCAAUACGGUAAUUUAUUUAGUCUCGACAUUAUAAACUAUACAUCAUAAAUUAAACAAAAAAAUCAUCUAUAUACCAUCUUAAUCUUGAAUUUUUACAUAAAUAACAUAUCUAUCGGUACAUAGACAUUGGCAUUAUAAUAUUACACUGCAUAUUUCUAGACUAUAAUAAAAAUUAUUAUUAUUAUAAUCGACCUGUGAAAGAAACUAGUACACUAUUAUCUAAAAGAAAAAAAUUGUAUUGCUCAAGUGAACAAUGCACGUUUAAUUAGCACGUAUAUAAUAUUUAUGCUUUUAAACUUAAACAAAUAAGCGACCCUCAUAAAAUAUGUAUUUCCUGUUUGUAUUUCUUUUUUUCUAUGGUUAUUUUCCUACAUAAUCUGACAAUUAUGUAGUUUAACGGAAAAUGUCUGCAAUUUUUUUUUAAAAAAAUUGGUAGUUGGACAUAAUUCCUCAUAAUUCGCACGGACUGCUAGAAAAUCCCAGAAAAUAAUCGUACGGACUGUAAAAUUACGGAAUGUAAAUUUCACAGACAAGAAAAUGGUAGACUGUAAAAAUCCGGAAUACGAAACACUGUCAAUAUCCGGCCUAUAAUCGGCCGGAAAAAUAAAUGCUCAGACCAGAAUAUUCCGGACUGUGAAAAUUUAGAAUACAAAAAUAUGCACUGUAAUGUCCCGGACAAGAAAUUUAUGGAAUGUCACGCACAAGAAUAAUCCAGAAUUUCAAAAACACUAUUAAUAUUGAUAAUCGUUACACCGUGUCUGAGUAUGUCUAUCCAUCUCUGAAAACAGCCAUAAAAUCAUGAACCUUCUUUUAACUUUAAUUCGUUUAUUCUGUUUGUACGGUGUAUGCAAUACUGUGUAUUGCCAUCUAUCAGUGUUUUUUCGUUAAAUUCCGGAAAUUUUUUGUCCGGGACAUUACAGUAUGCGUAUUUUUGUAUUCCGGAUUAUUAUAGUCCGACACUUUCAGGUAUAGGCUUUUAUGCUUUCCGGAUUUUUACAGUCUGUCUGAUUAUUUUUCCGGACAAUUCUGGUUUACCAUUCGCACAAUGGUUUAUAGGUGAGAAGUUAGUAAGAUAGAUUAUAUAGAUUUAUUUAGUUUGUGUAUUGAAAAAACAACAGCGAAUAAUUGUUUUUUAUUCGUGAUAAACAAAAAACGACUUUGACUAGAUCUCGGUCAACUGGUUGCCUUAAAAACCUUGAAAAUCGUCUUUUAUUUCGUAAAAAUCCAGGGAUUAUAAAAAUGAAGAAAAGUACAAAGUGUUCAAGUGUGGCUUCCGUUAAAAAAAUGCAAUCAUCUGCCUCGUCCGCCUAUAUAUGAAAUUUCAGACCUCUAUGUUCUAUAUAGCUUUUGUACAAAACAAUGUACUCGUAAUUUAAAAUAUUUCCGUUUUUUUCGUCAGGUUUGUUUUAUUAUUUCCAAUAUAAAUAGUAUUAACAUAUAGAAAAAUGCACAUCAUAUUAAACUAAAUUAUACGCAUAGAACGAGUAUAUUCUUCAUUAAAUAAAUUCAGCUCAGAAUUUAAAAUCUUCUAGCAUCUUCUAGUACUUGUGUAUCAUUUAUUUAUUUAUUUAUUUAUUUUAUAUCUAAUUGUGUAAUUUGAUUGAAAUUUAUCUGCAGGGAAAUAUUCAUAUACAAAUGAAUAAUAUACAAUUGUCCUUGUUCUCUUAUUAAUAGGUAAUAGUUAAUAAAAAUUAGUAUUGUUCAUUUUUUGCAUCGAUUGGCUUCCAGUUGUAUUUAUUAUAUUAAAACCCCAAUAUAAUUCAAAUGGUUAUGUAUAUUACAUAAUAAAAUAUAGUAUAAUAUAUAUUAGUUGUAAAAUUAAUGAUUUUUUUUCAAAUAAUUAAAUAUAAAAGAAAUUGUUAUAGUAAUAUAUAUAUAUAUAUAUAUAUAUAUAUAUGUUAUAGUAAUAUAGUUUUAUUUUGUACAGAAUUAUAUGUAUUUAUAAAUUUCGUCAUAAUUCAUUCAAAUGGUUUGUAAAUUAAUUAAUUGAAAUUGAAAUCCUCAUAAAGGAAUAUUUUUUUGGACAUUUUAAUACAUUUAUUUAUUAUUUUUUAUCAGUGAAAACCUCACCUAAAAAUUUUAUUAGUAAACAAUACGAUGUGCAGCUUACCACAUAUAACGUAAGAAAAAUGAUAAGAAUAAAGUGUAGGUACAAACACAUUUGUAAUCAAAUAAAACAGUGAUAUUAUAUUAUUAUAUUUUAUAAAAACAUAAUUUUAAAAUUACCUCCAUAUAUAUGUAUAUUUAUAUUUUGAUAACAUUCAACAACUUUACUGAAGUAAUGAAUUUCGUUAUAAUUUAAUAUAUAGGACUACAUGUAUAUAUAUAUUGUAUAAAUAAUAACAUUUGCAGGGAAGAAGAGGGUUGAAACGGGCCAACACCUGCUUGCGAUAUCAUUGGACGAUCCACUGGACCAAUGUGACGCUUUUGCAAAAGAGAAAAAAGACGCCCCCGGGAAACUCACCGACGUUGUACUUGCCCUCAGAUUCUAAAGCACUGCACAAUGAUGAGCAACGGAUUCGUACCGGCGGGCCACACACCCACUUGGGAUUCUAGUUUAACGAACACGGCAAGUAAAGAUUAUUUAAGAUAAUUUUCUAAAAUUGUAUUUAUUAAUCUGGUUUUUUUACACGAAUAAUAUAAUGUGACAAACCGAUAUUAAAUGUGUUUAUGUUUGGUACAAACACAAAUUAUUAUAAAUCGUUAUUAUUAAUCUAUAGACACAAUCCGUACACAAAAUAAUAAUAUUAUAUACUGCUUGUCUACAGGACAGUCAAAGCUACGACGAAUGUUGGCCGGACGCUCACCUUUAUCAUCAUCAUCAUCAUUUACAUCACCACCAUAUUCACCAACAUUCUUCGACAGUAUCUCAAAUGUGGCCGAUCCCGAAUUCCCAACAACAAAGUCUAACUCAAACCUCUGCUCCAAGGUAAUGCGUUUACAUUUAUAAUUUACAGUAGUAGCCUAAAUGUGCCUAUAUUUAUAUCUAUAUUAUACCAUUUAUAUCUUCUUUUAUGUUAAUAAUACAUGUAGGUAUAUUUUAUUAAAUCUUUUGGGGGUUAAAAAUUACAUUUUCCCAACAUUAGGUGUUGCACGCAAUAAUGACAAUAUUAAUAUCUAACUAUUUUGACCAUGUAAUAAUAUUAUUUAUCAAAAUUAAUGUUUUAAACUCGAAUAAUUUAGUGAUAACCUUGAUAACGAAAUAUCGACGGUUUAUUUAAAAUCAAUAAAUACAAAAAUAUAAAAUAUACCAAAAUAUGCGGUAUAUACUACACGGAAUCAUAAAUUAUAAAUUUUUAAAUUUUUUUAUUAAAUUAGUUGUAAUAGAUAUUUAAUGAUUCAAAUAUUAGUUAGGUAUAAGGAAUAAGUGUAUAACUGUAUAAAAAAAAAGUUGGUGGACCACUGUUGCAGAUGGAGAAUCUGAAAGGCAAGAUGUAUAGGUUCUGUACCUAUUAAUCGAGUUCAUUUAAACAUAUUAUAAUAAGCCUAAAUUGAAUAUGGUAGUAAUGUAAAAUUAUAAAAUAAAUAUUAUUAUCCUUGUUUUUUCGAGUAUUUUUGGUGGAAAAAAAAUGUUCGCAUAAAUCGAAAUACUUUAUAUGCAAAUGACAAUGAUGAAAUGAUUUUUAUAAUUUACAUAAAAAUUUAAACUUUAAAUGUUUAUAAAAAAAAUUGUAAUUAUACAAAGGUAUUUUCGAUAAUUUUAUAAUACUAUAUUAUGAACCUUGUCUUAAAUUUACAAGUAUUUUUGAAAAGAUAAACAAAUGUUAUCCAUAUAAAACAAAAUCAAAAUUAAAUAGUAAAUAUAUAUGAAAAUUUCAAAUUUCUCAAAAAAAAACCGACAGAAUGAUUUGUAUCAUAUCUAGAAAUGAUGGACAUUAAAACGAACAUACUUAGCACGUGGGUUCAGACACUGUUGUAGGUAAGAAGUUAGGAAGGUAUUUAAUAUAUAUCUCUAAGCAACGAUAAACUAUUGCUAACGAAAAAAUGAUUCUGAGUGGAGUUUAGUUGAUAGUGCUGCUUUGUCAACAAUAUUUAUAUGUUAUAUUAUGGUAAAAUAAUUAAAUAGGCAUUAUACUUUCUUUAAAAAUAUAUGUUUAAUAUUGUACCAUUUUCCCGUUUUUCCUACGGUUUUCAAAUCUUUUUCUGGGUUUUUCCUAUUUAUUGGAGAAACUCCUGGGGAAAAUUAAAAAAUGAUCACCUUAAAUUACCUUUCCAGUUCGAUUUCCAUUCAGAAAAGGCGCUACACUUAGAAAUCGGAGUAAGAUUUCUGGUAGAAAAGUUACGCAGAGAUAAAAAAUAAACAUCUUUGUAAAACCAUAAGUUUGUUCACUCCACUUAGAAUCUAAAAUUACCACGAUUUACUAAAUAUAUAUAUAAACAACAUUUUCCUACCUAAAAACUAUUCCUGAAAUUGAUGAUCGGAGCAAGAUUUCUGGUGCAAAAGUUAUUGCACUAGAUAAAAAAGACAGUCUUUUAGCAGACAGAACGAAAUAAAAAGCACAUUUUAUUUUAUCUUUGGUCCCAAGGCUUAAAUCAGUUUUAUAUAGUUUUGAACACAGACAAAUUAAAUUUUGAAAAUUUCUAAAUAACAUAAUAAGAAAAUAAUAAUUUAAUGGUUACAUUUUUAAAUGCUCUAACCCUAGUAUGAUAAGGUAAAGAAACAAAUUACUUAAAAUAACAUUACCAAAAAAAAAAAAAAAAACAGCUAAAAAUUGACCUAAGUUCUUCUUCCCUGGACCCAAGGAUAUGAUCAGAGUGUGAAGACCAAUACAUUUUUUGCUACGUUUAUCUAAGAAUUACAUCAUGAAAUUAUAUACGAGCAUUUUUAUAUUAAGUUUAACUAAUUAUACAAUUUAAUUAUUUGUUGUUUUUAAUGUCUAAAAUAUAUAAGUGAUCAUAUGCGUAUGUCGGUAGGUACCUAGUUACUAUAAUAGGUGCAUUGGUUCACGUGCAUUGGUUCACGUGCAUAAAUCAUGCGUAUAAAUUAUAUAAGUACAUAUUUUUAUACGACUAGAUUAAGUGUAUUAGUUUAAUAAGAAAUUCUCAUUAUAUCUGAACAGUUUACUAACAAUAAGGUUCUACUUAAAAUAAUAGUAAUAGUAUUUUAUAAAUCCAUUAUUAAUUACUAAGUAUUUAAAAACAUAGUUUAUUUAAAAACAUUACAAAUACAUUACAUUAUAAACAUUAUUAUCAUAAUAAUGCGUAUUUUAAUAACUUUUCGUGAUAAUAGUAUAAUAUGUUACUGAAACGGUACGAAUCAAUGAUCAUAACAAUAAACAAACCAAUAUAAUAUUAUAAUGGCAAUUUAUAGUAUUAUUUAAUAUUAUUUAUAUUUCUAGUGAAAAAAAAACACAUUGGUUUUAAGUAUUAGCAAAACGAAUUAUUUGUAUAAAUAAUAAGAAAAAUAUUAUAAUAAAUAAUACCAGUGGUAGUUCAAUAAGGAGGGGACGGAAGGAAUUAGUUCAAAUUUUAUUUUUUCAUAACGAAAAAAUAUUUGUAUUUUUUUUAGGACACUUAACAAGUUACAAGUUUAUGAAAAAAAUAAGAAAUUAAAUUAAAUUAAAAACGCUGGUCCUGGGUAUGGGUGUGGCCAAUAUUGUAGGUAGGUAAUGGAGGUAUAGGUAGAUACUAGGAUAAGGAAUUACAUUUUUUUUUCGACCACUAAGUACGACUUAUAUAUAAUGAACUUCCUGUCAAAUUUUUUGUAAGGUCUAACAAUUUAUCUACAGAAUACCUACCAAAUUAAAAUUACAUAAAAAAACUAGCAAAAUUAAAAUGUCUCCAAAUAGCUAAAAAAUAACAAAUAUUUCGAAAGUUUUACCACAACUAGAACAAUCAAAUAUAAGUUUUCUGUCAAAAUUGACUUUGUCAAAAGUCUCUACGAAUAUUUUAAUUUGAAUUACAACGAAAAAAAUAACAUUGAAAAUAAUAAAAGCAUAUUUUCGUAAAAUGUCCCGUUAUGUCUACGUUUAUUUUCGGUUAUGCUCAAUUAUUAAUAAAAGUACAGAGAAAAUUAAAAAACGAAUACCUUACUCAUAAACAAAAUUGAAAAUGCUAUAAAAAAGAUAUCUUGUCGUUUAACUAUUAGAGCAAUAUUCAUAGUAGAAAACAUAAGCCGUAAAAAUUUAAAAUAAUGAAAUCGUAGCGGCGUAAUUUGAAAAAAAAAUCGUAUAUUUCGUUUUUUUUGGUUAUUCCUAAUUAUUUUUAAAAAAACUUAAAUCUCAUAAAACGACUUUAUUUGUUAAUUAUGAAAUAUUACAAGGAAAAAAAUCGUUUUCUUGUCAUUUUUCGAUUGAAGUAAUAUUUCUGAUAGAAAACUGCAGUACAACACAAUGAAAAAAAUGAAAACGAUGACGUCGCGCUGUGGCGUCCUGUAAAUAUUUGCCGUUUUACCUAUAAUUUUCUUUCGGAUUCUCCCAAUUAUUUCAAAAACCCACUGGAAAAUAAAAAAUGAUCUCCCCAAUGUACCAACAAGAGAAAAUUAACUUUUAGAAAAAAUGAUAGUAGACAAAGAGAUCAAAAAAUAAGAUGAUAUAGUUUAUACUUCAGAGCAAGUUUUUCUGGUAGAAAAGUUGUUCACAGACAGAAAAAAAACAUAUAUCAUAGUAAAACCAAUAGAACGCUCUAAAUCUAAUAUGGUUUGUUGAGGACUUAAUGUCGAUUUGGUUUAAUGAUUGAAAUCAUACUGUGACUGUUACAUUAGUGAAGAAACAAUAUUUCUUCCUAAUAUUUGGGCACCCGUCGUAUCAUUCAUAGUGUUAUCAUAGUUUUUACAAAGACUUCUAUAAUAAUCUAUUGACUAAUAAAUAUUUCAAAUGAAAUUGAAACAGAAAUAUAUUAUGUAAAAUUACAUAGUAUAUGAACAUGUCAAAAUGUCAAAAAGUUAAAGUUGGUACUUUAGGGAGGUGACUUUUUGAUUUUUCAAGUAGAUAUUUAAUAAUUGUUUAAUUACGUAAAUUAAUUCAUUUUGGCUUAAAUGGUUCCACACGAUUUUGAACAUUGGUACCAAUUAUUAUUUCCUUAAUUACGCAAAACGUAUAUGGAAGACGUAACGAAGAUAAAAAAAAAAAAAAAAAAACAGAAAAAACAUUCUAUACAAUCAUGUUAUUUUGUAGUUCUUGUUUUUAUAUUAUGUAGUAGGCAUAUGUAAUCUAUAAAUUAAAAAUUAAACAAUUAAUAUAAUUAAUGUUUUUACUCAUAAUAAAAAACAUUGUUAAGCCAUUCACGAUUAGAUAACACGUGAUAACAUAGCACGUGAUUACAAUGAUUAUAAUUUAUACAAAAUAAUAAAAUAUUAGAAAAUAAAGAAAUGUUUAUAAAAAUGAUUUACAUGCAUGUAAUUAUUAAUGAUAAAAUAAUAAAAUAAUUAAAUAUAGUGAAUAAAUAUAUAAAUACAAAAUUUAUACAUACAAAUUAAAUAAAUUAAUGAAUUAAUGCGUCGCUUGGAGUAUUAUAAGUGUAUAUAUUAUUCGACCGAUUUCGAAUUAAAAAUUUAUCAUCAAGUAUAUAAGUAAGACAUCACUGUCAAAAUGUAAAACGCGACUCCAGGCGACGCAUUGAUUCAUUUAUUUAUUUUAUUUUUAUGUAUACAUUUUCCAUUUAUAUAUUUAUUUACUUUAAUUAUUAAUGGUUAAAGAAAUUUCCCUUAACAAUAAUAAUGUUAUUAAACAAAUCGUACUGGUAUGUUUUUAAUAUUGAAACAAAUAACGUUUUUUGAUUACAUAUUUACAAUUGCCUAUGUUUAAUACCAGAAAAAUUAUAGAAGUGUUUAGAGAAAUAAGAGAAGUAUUUUUCAUUUGCAUAAUAAAGAUUGGGGACUUACAGCACUUAAAAUCAACAAAAAUCACUUCAUUAAAAGCUCGAAAAUAAACACUUAAAAAUAAUAGUUUUUUAUAACUAUCGAAAUAAGUAAAGACAUUUUUCUCAAAUACCAUAUUUAAACACUUGAAUUUUUUUUAAACUACACUUUCUGAUUUGAAUUACCCCAUGCUUAGCGACGACUGACACAAGUACCGAGAUAAUAACACAAACAAAGAAUUAAGAGUUGGAUAAUGGAAUACCAAGGAAAAAUUAUUUAAAAAUCAUAGAGAAGAAAAGUCUGGAUUUUGUCAGUAGCCUACGAAGUCACAAAUAGAAAUUAUAUAAAAAAAGAUACAGGAAAACUAGUAAAAAAACAUUUUUUUUUUUUAAUUAUCAAAAUAAAUUAUUAUUACCCAUAAAUGAAUAAACAUGACGUGUUUGUUUAUCGACAAAUAGAUGUUUCUCUUCUAUUUGUCCAUGCAUGGUAUUAAACGAUAUAGUGGUUUUUGAGAUUUUUCAUUACCACGAACGCUCAACCUCACAUUUUAUAUAGAAUGGCUAAUUUCUUAUCAUAACUAUUUUAGUAUCCGUAACCCAAUACAUAAAUUUAAAAAAAAUUAGCUUUUCGUGAGCCGGAACGAAAUCAAUAUGUGAGCUCCACCCUAUAGAGACUUUGAUGGAUCGAAAAGAGGAAACUAUAAUCCCUCUCAGAGUUUUGAGGAAAUGUGUGCAAAAUUUGAUGCCUAUUGGUUUGGUCGUCUUUGAAUCUAUCACGAAUGAACGACCGAACAUUAAUUUGUAUGUAAAAGAUUGAUAUCUAUUAUAAAAUAUUAUAUUGUAGAUGUUACAAGAUAAUAUAGACGCGUCGUAUAUUCUAAUCAAGUAGGCACGUUACUCAAAUUGAAAAAAAAAUUUAAUCAAUAUUUUGUAUGGCUAUAUUAUUAUACCGUACAGGCAUUAACAAUGCAAUUAAAAUAAACAAAGACAUAUUAUACGAGUAUUAUACUAUAUCACAUAUACUAUUUAGUGUUUAUAAUAUUGUAGUAACUACUGCUGGCUGAAACUAUAAAGAUAAUUUUAAUGCAUGACUCAUGCUAUUUAUCGUAUAAAUAAAUGGUAUUUUUAAUUUUAUCGUAGAAUUCCUUAAAAAAUUAAAAUAAUAAGAUGCCAACGAGCAUACGGUCAUCUUUCGAAUUCUAACAAAUUAUGUCGUAUAUACGUUCAAAAUUACUAAUUAUUAUUGGUUAGGGAUACAGAGGAAUAAGAAUUUCCGUUACGCGGCUAGUAUAACUUUGAAAUCCUUUUAUUCGGGUAAUGGCAGAUUCACAUACAACUGGGAACAGCGGGAGCAAUUGCCCAGGGCCGGAAAAUUGCACGGAGCUGGGCGGCAGUUCAGAUUAAUGCGGCACUGGGUAAUGGUAAUGUCAUUGGUUAUUUGAUAUUUUGAAUUCCGGGUGCGAAAUCGUAGCGAAUAUAACACAAAUUCGAUACCUAACACGGUAUCGAAUAAAAUAAUAAAUUGAUUUUUAUUUCUACAAAACUAUAAUAAUAUAAAAUAUAACCUGUGAUACUAUAUAAUGUUAAUAUAAUAAAAUAUUAUAGUUACCUAUUUAAUACCAACUUACAAUUAGGUAUAAUAUUUUUAAGCAUUUAAAAUAAAAACGUAUAAUAAAAAUAAAGAAGAGUUAACAAUGUGAAUGGAUGCGGCCACUGUAGUAGAUGAGUAGUGGGGAAGGUGGGACACAUAAAGUUAUUUAAUUUAUACCUGUAACCGACGAAAGACAAUUGAUAAAGAAAACGAUUCGGAACAAAGUUCAACUAUGUUUUGAAAGGCCUUAAUAUUUACGAUUGUCGUCAAAAAUUGAUUUUAAAACUUCCAUAAAAAAAAAUUAUAUUUUAUUUUUUUCCCUCACUAAGUACGACUUAUAAUGAACCUUCUGUCAAAUUCCCAAGCAUUUUUGUUAAGUCUUACGAUUUAUCUACAGAGUACCAAAUACAAAUUAACAUACAAAACUCGCAAAAUUAAAGUGUCAACAAAUAUCUCAAAAAUUGCUCAAAUGUUCUGUUUUACUAUGUCUAGAAAAUGUAAAUAUAAAUUUUCUGCCAAUAGUUAUAAGUUUACAUUAUAUAAAAAAAAAAAAAACAAAAUUUAAAAUAAUAAAGGAAUUAUUUUCGUAAAUUUGUCUACGUAGUUUUCAGUUUUACUCAACUAUUUAAAAAAACUACAAAGAAAAUCAAAAAACCAAUCUCUCAAUUACCAACUAGAUUACAAAUUCAACAAAAAAGGAUUCUUGAUGUUUUUCUAUUGGAUCCAUAUUUCUGAUGGAAAACACAAGUUGAACAAUGAACAUAUAAAAACAAUUAAACCGGGACACUGUACGUUGCCGUAAAUAAUAAUCGAUCAAAAUUUGUCGGUUUUCCUAAUAUUAUUAUGAAAACGACUUUGGAUAUCGAAAACGUCGCGGCGCCCCGUAAAUGUUUGACGUUUUACCUAUAAUUUUCUUCGGGUUUUUCUCAAUUAUUUCGAAAACUCCUUGGAAAAUCAAUAAAUGGCCUCUCAACGCACAAACUAGAGAAAAUUACCUUACAGAAAACGACGUACUAUAGUCUAUACUUUGGAGCAAGUUUUCCGGUAGAAAAGUUGUUCACAGACAGAAAAAAAAAUAAAUACACACAUCAUAGUAAAACGUGCUACGCUCCGAAUCUGAAAUCAAAUAAAACGUAGGUGCGAUAUUUAUCGGUAUUCAUGUUCCACUAUACAGUGAUAUUAUUAGUGGACACUGUAUUUAUUUCGAAUCAAACCGAUUUUUGUUUUUUUGUUUCAAAUCUACAGAAUUUCGAUGGUAUAUGUUAUAUCCGCUUAAAAAUAGAUAACCCGUACGUUAAGCUAUUUAAAAAUGUACGGCCGUCGGAGUUUGUGCAAUACGUGGGUAUUUAAAAACACGCGGAUUAAAACAUAAUAUCGACUUCUAUAAUAAUUAUCACUGCACGGUCUGCACGUGCACCUGCGUGUAUUUUCAGCGCACGCGAACAAAUCCUAAUUAAACUACGCUUCCGGAAAAUCGAUUGUGUGUAUAUAAUAACACAUGUGUAGGAUAAUAUCAUAAUAUUCAGCUUGUAAAAAACAUUAUACUCGUUUUUGUAAAAACACAUAUAAACAUAAGUUAACUAGCAUUAAUUUGUAUUUUCGAAUAUAUAUCGUCCUUAUCGACCCGGUUUGGAAAAAUGCCUAAUAUGUUUUUCAAUUUUUUUCAUCGUGGUCCACAAUGCCAAUAUUAACGGGCGCGUGUUUCCGCAGAUUUCUUUCGCGGUAACUGCAGGCUAUAAAAACCCCGGAAACCGGCAUACCUAUAUUAUUCAAAACAAAUAUAAUAUCCCAGAGAUGUCGGGGAACUACGACCCCCCCUCCCCGAAUAAAACAUCUAAUCAUUACGAACAGUUUAUUAUGCUCCCUCACUUCUCCGCACUAAGUUCUAAACUUUAAGAACUGUUGUUGACUAUAAGUUAUAGUUAUUCAUAAACUGUGCAUAAAUUUAGUAUUAGUGUUUUAGAUAACAGAAUCAAUAACCAGUAUAAUACGAAUACUAAUUAAGUAAUAACUAUGUAUUCGACGGUUUUUUUUUUUUUUUAUUAAACAUAAAAAUGAAUCAGCUCCUUUCUACCCCCCCACCCAAAAAAAAAAAAACAACAACAAAUCUAUCUAAACACGUACUCGCGGUCGGACGUGUACGUGUGCUUAUACCAAUAGGUAUUAAGCAAUAAUUAAUAAUAGAUAUAAUAAUAUUGAAUUUCGUUUAACCGAAGUCCGUCGGACUUCCGAUAAAUAAACGUGUGAGAUGCAUUAUUAUAUUUUGUUGUUUUGUGUUACGUUGGCGCAGGGGUGGCAGCGGUAGCAGUUCACAAAAGUCCGCGUCAAUGGCGUCGUCGAAGAAAAUCCGACGGCGCGUGGCGACGCUGGCGCAACGGCGCGCGGCCAACAUACGCGAGCGCAGGCGCAUGUACAACCUGAACGAGGCGUUCGACAAGCUCCGGCGCAAGGUGCCCACGUUCGCGUACGAAAAGCGCCUGUCCCGGAUCGAAACGCUCAGGCUGGCCAUCACGUACAUCAGCUUCAUGAGCGAACUGCUGCAGUCGACACCGUCGUCGGGGGGCGACACUGUCCAGUCGCCGGCCCCGUACGCCUUGCCCCAACACGACAUUCCCUACGUGCCUUACUCGCUAAUACCGCCCGUCUAG